AUGGCACAUUACAGAGCGAGCUCAGAGGUAGAGAACUUGAUAAACGGAAGCAGUAGUCGUCAGCAGCAAGAAGUAGAAGAGGAAGACGAUGCCAUGAAAAGGGCUGCUAUCGAGCGGCUACAUCGUCUUCCGACUUACGAUCGGACGAGGAAGGCCGUUCUGAGAGGGAUCACUGGAGGUUUUAAGGAGAUUGACAUGAAGGAUCUGGGCUUCGAGGAGAGAAGAGAGCUUUUUGAAACAGUAAUGACGAUCGAUGACGAAGAUUGGCAUGGGGAGUAUCUACGGAGGCUAAAGAAUCGUUUUGAUAGAGUCUCUCUGAAUCUCCCAACGAUAGAAGUCCGAUUUGAGGAUGUGAACGUGACCGCCGAAGCAUAUGAGGGCAGAAGAGCUGUUCCCACAGUCAUGAACUCAUUAGUCAGCGUUAUAAAAGGUAUUGGAACUAAAAUCGGACUUCUUCGGGUUCGAAAAAAGAGAGUCUCGGUUCUAAAGGAUGUUAGCGGAAUCAUCAAGCCUGGCAGGCUGACUCUACUUUUGGGACCACCGGGCUCGGGAAAGUCGACACUACUUAAAGCAUUGUCUGGAAAGAUAGAAAGCGGUCUAAAAUGUACAGGGAAAGUGACAUACAAUGGGCAUGAACUGCAUGAGUUUGUGCCUGAGAGAACUGCCGCCUACAUUGGCCAAUACGAUGUUCACAUGCCGAAGCUAACCGUUCGAGAAACAUUAACGUUUUCUGCAAAAUGCCAAGGAGUCGGCACAGGCUACGAUAUGCUUUCGGAGUUACUAAGAAGGGAAAAAGACUUGGAGAUCAAGCCAGAUCCUUACCUCGAUGCACUAAUGAAGGCGUCGGUUAUGAAAGGACACAAGGAGAAUGUGGUUACAGAUUACGUUUUGAAGGUAUUAGGACUUGAGAUAUGUGCUGAUACGAUAGUUGGAGAUGCUAUGGAAAGAGGCAUCUCUGGUGGGCAAAAGAAACGUGUGACGACAGGGGAGAUGUUGGUCGGACCAGUCGGAGCUUUCUUCAUGGACAACAUAUCGGAUGGUUUAGAUAGCUCCACAACGUAUCAGAUUAUCAAGUGCAUCAAGCAAAUGGUCCAUGUUUUCGAUAAAACCGCUCUUAUCUCUCUUCUCCAGCCUCCUCCAGAGACAUUUGAGCUCUUUGACGAUGUCAUCAUUCUUGGAGAAGGCCGAAUCAUUUACCAAGGCCCUCGCGAAAACGUCCUCGAGUUAUUUGAAUCUAUGGGGUUUAAAUGUCCUGAAAGAAAAGGGAUUGCUGAUUACUUGCAAGAAAUUUUAUCAAGAAAAGAUCAAGAACAAUACUGGACUAAUCCAGAUCUGCCAUACCAUUAUGUAACGGCGAAACAAUUCGAGGAAGGCUUCAAAAUGAACCAUUUAGGGAGCGCUAUGAGGUCUCAGCUCGCGACCCCAUUUGAUCGAUCGAAAAAUCACAGAGCAGCCUUGACAAAGACUCAAUAUGGAGCUAAGAAGUUGGAGCUACUAACGGCCUGCUUAGUACGAGAAUCCAUUCUAAUGAGAAGAAACUUUAGAAUAUUCGCUCUUAAGUCAUUUCAGCUAUUUCUCAAUGCGGUUUUAAUCACGAUUGUGUUUUCGUCACAAAGGCAAUAUCACAGCACAGUAGUAGAUGGAAUCAUCUACAUGGGAGCUAUAUACUUGGAAGUGCAGAUGGUUGUGUUCUCUGGGUUUUUUGAACUUCCGAUGACGAUUGAUAAGCUUCCCGUGUUCUACAAGCAACGACGUUUUAGCUUUUACCCGUCAUGGGCUUUCUCUUUACCAGCCUCAAUCAUCAACUUCCCUAUUUCCUUCGUAGAAGUCUUCGUUGUGGUUUUAACAACUUAUUUCUUUAUUGGAUAUGAUCCAACCAUCACAUCGAUCCUUAAACAUUACUUGGUUCUAGCAUUGUGCGGACAAAUGUCGUAUGGGUUUUUCCGGUGUAUCGGUGCAGUGACUCGGAAUCAUGUGGUUUCAAACACAGUGGGAUGUCUUGCAGUGAUGUGGCUCAUGACAUUCAGUGGAUAUGUGUUGUCUCGAAAACAAGUACACGAAUGGUUGACCUGGGCUUAUUGGACAUCUCCAAUGAUGUAUAUUACAACAGCUAUCUCGGUUAACGAAUUCCGAAGCAAUUCUUGGAAAGAUGGUCUUGGAGUAGCGGUUUUGAAAUCGCGAGGAUUUUUUGUAGAGACUUACUGGUAUUGGAUUGGAAUUUUAGCGUUGAUAUUAUCCACAGUCUUGUCCAACAUUAUUACAUCUCUGUCUCUUGCUUAUCUUAAACAAUAUGGAGUAUCAAAGACUGCGGUUUUACCGGAAGAACAUGAAGAUAGCAACAAUAUGCUAACCGGCAGAGACGAUUCAAGAACCACAACAAAACCAAUCUUUAACAGAGAGAUGACAAGGAGAACUAGCAGCGACAAAAAAAUGCGUAUACCUUUCAAGCCACUAUACAUCACGUUCAAGAACAUCACAUAUUCAGUUGAUACUCCAAAGGCGAUGAAAGAUAAGGGCGUAAAAGACGAUAAACUAGUACUGUUGAAUGAAGUAAGUGGUGCGUUUCGGCCGAAUGUUCUUACUGCACUAAUGGGCAUGAGUGGAGCAGGAAAGACAACAUUGAUGGAUGUUUUAGCCGGACGCAAGAACACUGGUUACAUUCAAGGAGAGAUCAACGUCUCUGGAUUUCCUAAAAACCAAGACAGCUUCGCUCGUGUUUCGGGAUAUUGUGAACAAAAUGACAUCCACUCCCCUCUUUUAACAGUCUACGAGUCACUUCUUUACUCUGCAUGGUUGAGGUUACCACCUAACAUCGACGACAAAACUCGAGAGCUUUUUAUUGAAGAGGUGAUGGAAUUGAUUGAGUUAGAGCCAUUGAAAGAUAUGUUGGUUGGAUACGUGGGGGUUAGUGGGCUUUCGACGGAGCAAAGAAAGAGAAUGACAAUCGCGGUCGAGCUUGUGGCAAAUCCUUCUAUACUUUUCAUGGAUGAGCCAACAUCUGGCUUGGAUGCAAGAGCUGCUGCGAUUGUCAUGAGGACUGUUAGAAACACUGUUGACACUGGACGAACUGUUGUGUGCACCAUUCACCAGCCGAGUAUCGAUAUCUUUGAAUCAUUUGAUGAGCUUUUCUUGUUGACGAGAGGAGGGGAAGAGAUCUAUGUCGGCCCAAUUGGCCACCAUUCCUCACAACUAAUUGAAUACUUUGAGGGAAUUAAAGGAGUAGGAAAAAUCAAAGAAGGUUACAAUCCAGCAACAUGGGCUCUUGAAGUGACAACAAGGGCACAAGAAGAUGCUCUUGGUGUUAGAUUUGCUCAAGUUUACAAAAACUCAAACCUCUACAAGAGAAACAAAGAUCUAAUAGAUGAGUUAAACAAGGUUCCUCCUCAUGCAAAAGACAUACAUUUCUCAACAAAGUAUUCACAAUCCUACCUCACUCAGUUCCAAGCUUGCCUGUGGAAGCUAAACAAAUCAUACUGGAGAAACGUUCCUUACAACACUGUGCGUCUUUGUUUCGCGGCUGCGGUUGGACUCAUGUACGGUGCCAUCUUUUGGAGCCUCGGCAAAAGAAAAGAAACAAGACAAGAUAUUUUCAACAGCGUAGGCGCCAUGGCAACAGUUAUUGGCUUCUUAGGCUCACAAAGCGCGGCUACUGUGCGUCCUGUCGCAAUCGCCGAACGCACAGUCUUUUACCGAGAGACCGUCGCUGGAAUGUACUCGGCUUUACCUUAUGCGUUUUCACAGGUGGUAAUCGAGAUUCCAUAUGUAGUGGCUCAAGCUUGCAUCUAUUCACUUAUCGUCUAUGGGAUGAUUGGAUACGAAUGGACUGCUUCCAGAUUUUUGUACUACACAUUCUUUACAUUCAUUACCAUCCUCUACUAUAUCUACACCGGUAUCAUGCUCAUCUCCGUGAGUCCUAAUCAAGAAACCGCAGCUAUACUCAAUGGUAUCAUAUACUCGGCGUUUAACGUCUUUUCAGGAUUCACCAUUCCUGCUCCCAGAAUGCCGUCGUAUUUGAGAUGGUUCACGUACGUGAAUCCAGGGUGGUGGGGUUUGUACGGACUGACGAUAUCUCAAUACGGAGAUGUAGAGACGAAGCUUGAUACGGGUGAGACGGUUUUGGAGUUCAUGAAGAGUUAUUAUGGUUAUGAAUACGACCACUUGUGGCUUGUCUCAGUAGUCCUCGUCUCUUUCACUUUGCUAAUUGUCUUUAUCUAUGCUUUCUCGGUUAAGACUCUUAACUUCCAGAAGAGAUAA